ACCUCCUCCCUUCCUUCCACGUUUCUCCAGAACAUUCCUUUGUCCCUCCCCGCUAACCCACGUCUUCCCUCAAAUCUUCCUCCUAUAAAUACCCAUAACCACCACUCCCCUCCAAAACGACCAGAUUCCCACUGAAAAUUCACGGAAGCCUUCAAAUCGAAACCGAAAAGCGAAAAUUCCACCCACCAAGAAGCGAAGAAUGGACAUCAGAAACCCCGGUUUGGAAGCCCAGCUCUUCUCCACACUUCAGCACAUCAUGGACGCCGCCGCCGACGACGCCGAGAAAUCCUUCAACGCCCCCACCCGGACCUACGUCCGUGACGCCAAGGCCAUGGCCUCCACGCCGGCAGACGUCAAGGAGUACCCGACCUCCUACGUGUUCGAGGUGGACAUGCCGGGACUGAAGUCCGGGGACAUCAAGGUCCAGGUGGAGGACGACAAUGUGCUUCUGAUCAGCGGCGAGAGGAAGCGGGAGGAGGAGAAGGAAGGGGCUAAGUACGUGAGGAUGGAGCGGAGGGUCGGCAAGUUCAUGAGGAAGUUUGUGUUGCCGGAGAACGCGAACGUGGAUGCGAUUUCUGCUGUUUGCCAGGAUGGGGUUUUGACUGUCACGGUGCAGAAGCUGCCGCCGCCGGAGCCGAAGAAGCCGAAGACAAUCGAGGUCAAGAUUGCUUGAAACUGUUUCUGUGAUUUGGGUUAUGAGAAUAAUCGUGCAGGGAUUAUAACAUAAGGGUUUGUGUGUGGAUUUUAGGGCUUCGUUGGUGUUUUCUGGAUGUGUUUGUUAUGUUUGUGUUGUGGUAUUAUAAGCUUGUUGGUUUUUCAGAUCAAUGAAGCAUAUUAUGUGUUUUAUUUC